ACAGUUGAACCGCGUUGCGAACGCGCAUUUAGAAGGAAUGCAGGACAUCGCCGACACGCUCUCUGACCCGCUCACGCUGCUGCGCCGCUUCACGAUGACGAAGCAGCCGGUCAAGCUCGUCGGCGACUACCUCGUCUUCGGCCGCGUCCGCUUCCCGCGCGCUGCGCCGACCGCGUACCGCGCGUCUACCAAGGGCAAGCCAUUCUACCCGGUGGACGCGCUAUGGUUCCUGCUGCAGAAGCAGUCGCUCAAGCCGGGCGAGUACCUGCGCGAGUGCACCUCCAACCAGAUGAUGCCCGUCUCGCGCCCUGACCAGCGGGCGCUCCUCGCCUACCUGAACGGCACCGCCGACUCGUCGCCUGCGAUUGACAUGACGGGCGCGACGAUCGUGACGGCGGAGCCGGUGCCCGCGGACGAGGGCGCCACCAGCGCCGCCGCGCCGAUGGAGCUCGAUGAGCCCGACGACCUCGAGGACGCGCAGGCGCGCGAGGAGGCGGCGGCGGCGGUCGCAAAGGCGGCGGCGGAAAAGGAGCGCGAGGAGGCGGCGGGCAAGGCGGCGCUGGCGGCGCUGCUAGCCGGCCCUCACGCGCAGGUCGCCGUGGAGGCUGACGGCGGAGCCGACGCCGCGGACGGCGACGGGGGCGGCGGCGGCGGCGCGGAGGCUGCCGCUCCGGACGGCGACGGCAAGAAGAAGAAGAGCAAAAACAUGAUGGGGGCGGCCAAGGCGUACAUCAAGGCCGACCGGGCGGCGACCGCGGCGAUCCUGAAGCGCGAGAAGACGCUGCGCGACCGGCGGGCGAUCCUCUGCGCCCCCGGCGUGCUCCUGCUACCACACCACCCGCCGGACCGAACCUCGCGCUGGAUUCGGGACUGUGGAGGUAUGGUCAAGAGCUGGAACGUCGAAAAGUACGCCUUCUCCAAGGAGAAGGUGAACCAGCACGACGUCGCCGUCACCGUCUCUUCCUUCUGGCAAGCCGUCCACAAGUCGAUGACGGUCAAGAGCUGGAACGUCGAAAAGUACGCCUUCUCCAAGGAGAAGGUGAACCAGCACGACGUCGCCGUCACCGUCUCUUCCUUCUGGCAAGCCGUCCACAAGUCGAUGACGGUGCAGAAGCCGCACUUGCUGAUGAAGCCCCACCAGCUCAGCUGAGGGCCGCGUUUCGCGCACAGUCUCACCGUUCGGAACCGGAGCCGGGACCUCUCUCCUCCGUCUCUGCGACUUUGCCGCUCUCUCACACCAUGAUCCCCACGUGUUGUGUUUUGAGGGGGAGGAUGGAGUCCAGGACUC